AUGGCCCCCCUCCACCGCUCCUUCUCCCUCCCCACCGGCAACUAUGUCUCUCGUCUCAAAGCCCUCAGCGGUCAAGCGGCUAAAGACGAGGUAAGCAAUGACAAAGACCAGCCCUCUAUCCAGUCUCUCGAGACCCCUCCCUCCUCCUUCCCCGGUGCCCCUCUCCACUCGGCGCCUCUUUCUGACCGUCGGCCGGCCCUAUCUUCCAUGCGCCGAGCCUCGCACCACUCCCACACCCCCGAGCCCGCCUCGGCCCAAGACCCCGGGUCCGCCAAGCAGCUAGUCUCUCCGUCGAGCAAAAAGGCCAGCCCCCUCUUGGGCUCCCUGAAGAGCUGGGGCAAGGGCUCGCUCAGGCGCAGGUCGGUGGCGGUGGAUGUGACUGUACAGGAAGGCAAGGGGCUGCAGCUCGAACGGACGUCCAGUGCCCAGAGUAAUGGUACGACCUGUACCGCUGGGACCGACAGGACGGACGGGACCGAGAGGAGGGGUCGCUCGAGAAAGGCGAAGAGUGUCAUAGUGCAUAUACCCGAGAAGAAAGAAGAGCUGACAGAUACUGUUCCUCCCCCUCUCCCUCCCAACACCUAUCCCCCGACGUCUAUUCCGCCACCCCCACUCACUCCGACUCAUUUCGACUCCCAGGCAUCAGAUCUGCUCAUGGGUGCUAUCAACAGGGGCCGACCAGGGAGCACAACCAGCUCGCCCAAUGCGUCUUCAACAGACUUGCGCAAGUCGACCAGCAGUACCGGCGGGGCUCUUGCGGCUCUUGGUCUUCGAGCGGCGGCGCUUGGAACAGCCAACAUGGCCCCGCCCAGGUCUCCCGAGAAGGCUGCCGACUCAACUCCUGUAGCCACUCCCGCCGCAACCCUCACCCCGAGGGCUUCUUAUCUCCAAGCGUCUAAACCUGUCGGAAGCGGCGACCGCUCCUCCAAAAACCGAGCUCCUUCCCCCUUCUUCCGUGCCAGAAGGGCACGCGACCAGGCAAGGGCGAGGGACACGAGUCCUGAGGUGGGAGCGCUGAAGAAGGAUACAAAUUACCCAGAGAGCGAGCCGGAAAGUGUGGCUGUGACGAAAAAGUUUAGGCCCCAGGUAUCCGCAUAUGAGGAUGGAGACGUGGAUUCCAAUGUAUCAGAUGAUGGAGUCACCGAGGCAGAGACCGAAUUGGACUCUGAGGACGACUUUUCGGGGACGUCCGACUUUGACGAAGAGGGAAUCCUGGACGAAGAUGGGGAAGUCAUCUUUGACGAAGAGACUGAGAAAAAUACCGAGGCAAAUGCAGUCUUCUACGAAGGCGAUGCUGGAGGUCUUGGGGGACGGAGUGCUACCGACGAGAUCGACGACAAGCCUCGAGAUGACUCUGCAAGCCAGGUGCUCGAUUACUAUGGUGAAGAGGUCGAGCAAGAUCCCCUUGGUGAAGGCCCCAACGUUGUCGUCCCUCCUCAAUCGCUCUUCUGGACCAACCCCUCUUCGCGUCAGAAGAAGACUUCCAAAGGCGGACUCCAGAUGGAGACGUCCCGCCCGGUGUUUGCCAGGGACAGGUGCACUAUCACGUUGACGCAAGGAAACCCAGAUGGAGCACUGGAGGAUAGUGGGAAGAGGAUGAGGAGGUAUGUGGUGCUGAGUGAUCUGAGUGAGGAAAGUCGCUAUGCUGUGGAAUGGGCAAUCGGGACCGUGGCGCGAGACGGUGAUGAGAUCUUUGUCAUUUCGGUCAAGGAAGAUGAGAGCAAAAUCGAUCCGAAGAAUUGGGGCAACAACGACAGAGCGCAGAAGAUGAGGAUUCAGAAAGAGCGUCAAACGACAGCUCUCUUACUGGUCAAGCAAGUGAACAGUCUUUUGCAAAGGACCAGGCUGCAAAUAACCGUCACGUGUCAAUUCCUGCAUGCAAAGAACUCUCGACAUAUGCUUCUCGAUCUGAUCGACUUUUUGGAACCCACCAUGGUCAUUGUCGGCUCUCGCGGUCUGGGCAAGCUCCAGGGUAUCCUCCUUGGUUCGACCUCCCACUAUCUCGUGCAGAAAUCAUCUGUUCCCGUCAUGGUAGCCCGUCGUCGUCUCCUCCGUCCCUUGCGUAGGACCAACCCCGCCAACUUGCGUCACUCGCCCCGAGUCAGCUUGGCGAGUGCCAGUAUCGAAAAGGCCGCCAGCAGCAAACAGGAGGAUGAUGUGGUCGAUGUGGCAGAGGAGGAAGGGACGACAGACGAGGUCGUUAUUGCGAAAGAGAAGAAGGGGCAGCAACAAUGA